UCAGCGCUGUCGUUCUCCUCGUUGAGCCACCACGAAGGCGACUCGAGUGUAACCUACAACCGCUAGUUCCGCUUACAUGUCGAACACAAACGACCUCAUUGGCCAUAAAAUGGAGGCACAGCAACUCUGUUACAGAUCUUCCGCAGCGUCUCUCAUCUUCUGUAUCAUCAUUCGAUAACGCACGCGCGCGGUUGGUUGGGGGCCGUUCAGGGGCAAAUGGAGCCCGCAUAAGGCUGCAAGGUCGAGGCCCAGCUUCGGACCACUCCGUACGACCACACGAGGAGAUAGACAAGCUUUCACGGUAUAAUAGAACCCCAGUAUGGCAUUUCCACUCCAGCUGUCUUUUCCUUGGUUUUUUUCUUUUCCUCUGGUUGCGUCAGAUAUUGGCGGAACUUGCCAUUGGCCCUACAUGAUGAAGAGACGAAACCUACAGUAUACCCUAUUAUUUCUUUAUUGUAUUGAUAGAUGCACGGCUGUAAACAAGUGUUACUACCCCGGUGGUGGGGAAUCACUGAAUGAUGCUCCUUGCGACCCAGACGCCGAAGUCAGUGUCUGCUGCGGUCGCUUUUCGUCAGGCGGCGGAUGCCUAUCAAACAAGCUAUGUAUGGGGAUAGAUGGGAGAAUGAGCCGCGGCUCUUGUACAGACAAGAAUUGGUUGUCACCAGAAUGUCCCAAUUUCUGUACUGUACUACGCCAAGGGAUCGUCGUGACACCUUGCCUCAACGGAAACGACAGCAGCACUACGCACUGCUGCUUCCUCGACCGUAUCUGCUGCAGUGACGAGUCAGCCUUGUUCGAAGCACCUCCCGCCCGGCCAGUCACGACAGCGACUUGGAACUCCAAGUCUUCUCGGUACAUGUCUUUCCAGCUCCAGCCCUCGACCUCUUCAUCCUCAACCAAAACGUCGACUUCCUCAUUGUCAACCGCCUCUCUGACUUCAACUUCGACAGAAAGCACAGCCACGACAGCAUCCCGAUCCAUAACCACCACAGAGCCCGCUUCAUCUACAACCACCCCAGAGUCAACCCCAUCCCAACCCGGCAAUCAACCACAAUCCCAACCCCAACCUCAACAACAACAACAACAACAACAACCAGGACCCCUCCCCCCAGCAACAACAGCCGGCAUAGCCAUAGGCGCCAUACUCGGCGCAGCCCUCAUCGCAGCAGUUGUCUACCUCCUCUGGAGGCUGAACAAAAGCCAAAAAUUACUCGAGCAAGCAGUAGCAGGAAACCAAGCACCCGGAAACACACCACAUUACAGUCCUCCAUAUGGCCUCUACCACUCCUCUCAGCAUUCACACACACCCGAGACAAACUCAGUCAAGGAGCUCCCCUCCGAUCGAAGCGCGGGUGAGCUCUACGCAGGGCCUUUGCCAGAGGGAUAUUCUUUUGCUCAGAGACCUAGUUAAGAUAUGAGAAAAAGGGGUUUCGCAAAGAGGAACAAUGGUUGCUAUGGCAACAGCUUCAGGGUGAACAUUUAACGUUUAUGGUGUAGAAAUUCAUAGUAAUGGCAAUAAACAAUCUGUGAUACUUGGUCUGUUUUAAUUCAAUUUACUACAACAGCUACUGGACCCCAGCAGAUAUGCCACAGCCUACACGAGUCUCUGAAGCCCCUAUUCCCCUCUUGCGUUUGUUUACAAAUAUCU